AUUUAUUUUUGUUGAUAAACUGAGAUAGGCUCAUUUGAACCAUAGACAAUGUGUUAAUUACGUGAACGAUUGGACAGCUGAGGAAGCGCAGGGGAGCGAGCUUCCUUGGGAGUGGUAAUGCGCCGAACCAAUCUACUGCGUUCUUGCGAUCAUUGACUUCGGCCAUUGGUCUAUCUUUUGUCAACCAAUCAUCGAAAAACCAGUGAGGACCCAAUUGUGAUCCAUGAUGGAACACGCUCAGAUUCAGAGCUCGGAUGGAGCCCAGGUGAUGACGUUGAAUGGGCAGCAGCUCCAAGUUUUACAGAUGAACAAUGCUCCACAUAUGAUACAGGGCCCCAAUGGUCAACAAAUUGUGGUACAUGCUGUGCCAUCCAGUGCGCCGGCCAUACAGGUUGCUACACCAAGUGGUCAGCAGAUACAACAGUUACAAGUUGUUCCUAUAUCUAGCAUUCAAGCAGGAGGCAACAUACAGCCAAUGCAAUUGGUCCAGACUCCCGAUGGACAAACAUUUAUUUACCAGCCAGUGGCAGCUAGUGCCCAGCCUACUAUUGACCAGCAUCAGAUUAUACAUCAACCUACCAUGAUCAACCUGAAUGGUAAUUUAGUGCAAGUUGCAGGACUUAGUAAUGCAGUGCAGGCACAGCAGAUCGUCAACCAGCCAAACCCUGUAGGAUUAUUGAUGGUAAACAACAGUAAUGCUGGUGCAAGCACGUCUGUGUCAGAGGGUGCAUGCUCCUCAGCGGCCGGGUCUGAUGAAGAGCCACUUCUAUACGUCAACGCACGCCAGUACAAGCGUAUACUCAAGCGACGCGCCGCUAGAGCCAAGCUGCAUGAACAGGGCAAGAUACCUAAGGAAAGACCUAAAUAUUUACAUGAAUCCCGACACAGGCAUGCAAUGAACAGAAUUCGAGGUGAAGGCGGCCGAUUCCACUCUGGCAGCAGGAAGAAUAUGGAGAAUAUGGAACAACUCAGCGACGACCAGAAGAUGCUACAAGACAUCAAACCAGAUACUGUGUCAAUAACUAUCAUUCAGGAUGAUGAAGGCCAAGAGCAGCCCACACAGUGGAGGCGGUUAGCCCCGCAACAAACUCUCCAAUCGGCAUAGCAUUCGUCUGAUGAGGGCGAGGAAGACGACUCGGUGAUCGAGUGACUGGCACACUGAAAUGUGCCGAGUCUCGCCGUCAUUCAUUUUGGACAAAAUACUAUUCUACAUACAGUGAUAAGUGCUCAGUGUCCAAGAAAUACGCGUGACGAUCAUUCUGAUCAACAUUCCUACAAUAUCUAGGAAUAAACUACUUUAUAAAGGACUACUUAAAGGCUGAUGUGAAUAUACUUUGUAUGGUGCAGCCUGACCACGGAACCGACAGCGCCGCGCGGCAUACUUAGCACAAUCGACAUAUUUUGAUUAUUUGAGGGCGCCCUUAAGCUACUACAAAAGAAAGGACCGGGUGGAUUUUACUGAGUAUGAGUCUAACACUCCCUCGCUCUCCGUCCAGGGUGGAGAAACGAUUUAAUGAUGUUCCGCUCUCAAAAAAUGCUACUACAAUCGUCUUAAAGUAGUCUCAACUUCAGUCGCCACUACGCUGCGCUACACCGCGGUCGACUAGUUGAUUUCAUUCAAUUAAUUAUUUCUUCAUAUUUAUUCUUCUGCAAAAACAACAUUAAUAAGGUCCCAGUCCGCAUCCAUUAAGAAAGUGAGCCAGUUGUCUCUACUAAGUUUUAAACGCAAGGGGCGCGACGCUCGUUUUCACUUGGAGCACGCGGAAUAAUAGAGCGUAUAAUAAGUUUACUUUUGGAGGGAAGUUGUAGUUUUGUCGUUUUAUACGAACUUCCUCGAAGUACUUUAUGAAUUGAUUUUUUGUCGCUUGUAUAUAUUUAAUUAUUAAAAUGUAUGAAAACUACUGCAGUUGGGCAACGGUUUCCAGUGGUCAGGUUGCUAGAGGCUAGAUCAGUUUUAAUUCAAAUAUGAAAUAAAAGAAUACUAAGUGUCGUGAUUUCGGAAUUUUGUUAACCGUUUUGAUUCCUAAAUUAUGGUGUGAUCUGUUUUUAUGUGUUAAUGUUAAUGUAUUUAAAAGGGAUUUCUUUGUUUUAUGAUGAUCGUGUAAUAAUAUAUAGUUGACUAAGUUUAAAAAUAGAUUUUGAACCCAAAAACAAUAUUUUACGAUUUUAAGUUUUAACAAACUAAUAUUCAAUAUUUGUAAGUGGCCAAAGAGCUGGGUUUUCCAAUUACUUUACAGUUUCAGAUUUGAAAAAGUGUUUAGGCGAUUUGUGUGUAUUAUAUGUAAAUAUGUAUGUUAGUGAUAUUUUAUAGAUUACUGACAAAUUUUUAUAUGGCAAUUUAAGUACAAAAUAAACAUGCACUUCCAAAACUGGUUUUUAUUUAUUUAGGUAACAUUAAAUAAAUUAGCAAAGUAAAUGUUUUGAAAAUGUUUAUUAUAAAG